CUGACGAUAAGAAGGCGUCACUCUCUUAAAGCUUAUAAAAGAAAAUUCUCACUCCGACAAUUGAGACGAAACCCAUAAUCCCCAAUGGCAACGAACGACCCCUCUGCCGCGCCCCCUCCGACCAGAUUCAUCGCUAACAGCGAAGACGAUCGCCGGCCGGAAGCCUACGAAGGAAAGGUCACUUCCUUCGUCGUCCUCUCCUGUAUAGUGGCGGCCUCCGGCGGCAUCCUCUUCGGCUACGACAUUGGCAUCUCAGGCGGGGUCUCGGCGACCACCUCAUUUCUGAAACGGUUCUUCCCCCAUGUGUAUCAUGAGAUGCUGUCCAGUCACACCAGCAAUUACUGCAAAUUCAACAGCGUGAUUCUAACGACUUUCACAUCCUCACUCUACAUCGCUGGUCUCGUUGCAUCCCUGUUUGCUUCGGUGAUUACAGAUAAAUACGGCCGGAGGAAGUCGAUGCUGAUCGGAGGUUUGCUAUUUUUGGCCGGAUCUGCCGUCGGAGGAGCUGCGAUGAAUGUGUACAUGCUUAUUACGGCUCGGAUCUUGCUUGGGGUUGGGAUCGGUUUCACCAAUCAGGUCAGUGCAUUGUCAUUGAUAAAUCCCUAAACCCGAAUUUAUUUUUCUUGAUCUCGUUUCAAACAGAAGGAUUCAAAUAUUUUACUCUAAGAAAAUAGGUGAUAAUGUCCAACAUCUCCAUCUCACCUCCCUCAUUUCUUUGGUCGAUCACUAGGAAAUCACCUUCGGUGGAUUAAGAUAUUCUAUUGUUGCUGUCAACCCUACUAUUUUUUUAAGGAAUUUUAAAGCUUUUAAUUCGGAACGGCGAGGGUUGAUUGUCAAAUUAUCUUUGCAGCAAUCUGAAUUUAUGAGAUCAAUUUGACUAAUUACAUUAAACAAAUAACAAAAAGUCAUAUACAGCCAUAUGUUGCGAGCCAGUGCAAGAACAUAAAUUGAUAAAGAGUAUUAUUUUUUUCAAAUAUUGACGGACAGCAAAAUUUGAAAAUUUUCUUCCCCUUUCCAUUCUCGUGGAGGAUGUUUGCGUAAUAUGUUCCUAAUGAGACAAAAGAUGAACCAAAGGUCCAAA